GUAUAGUACGACAUAUCUAUUCUAUGUGUAUUUUAUUUGCGAUACGUUGGUUUUUUGUACAGUAAUAUGGCGAAGUAACAAAGACAUAAAAAAAACAUUAAAGUAAAUGUGUGUACCAUGUUUGUAAACCAGUAAUGGCGAAAAUGAAAUAUAAACAAUAAACAUUGAAAUCAAUAAUUCGUGUGUUUUAAUAAACUUGAUUUAAAUACACUGGUAUAUAAUGUAUAUACCUACACAAUAAUAACUUAAAAAUGAAUUGAUUAAAAUAUGUAUCAAUAUAAUAAUGAAGAUUAGAAGAAUGGGCAAUAUUAGAAAAAUUUUUACGUUGAUAUUAAUUGUCUCUGGUAUCUAUUUAUUAAUUGCAAUUAUCCGUAUGAAAAAUAUAUUAAUUGUUGAUAGAGCUGCCACAUUAGAAGAAAUGGAAAAGGCUAUAAAACGGCAAAGCAGUGGAAAAUCAUGUAAACAUCCAAAUUUACCUGUCAAUUCAAUUGAAAUGAAUAAAUUCUUUUGGGACAUACCACCAAUUAAUUGUAAUUCAGCCUAUCCCGAUUGGGUCCUCGUUCAGGGAUCCUUUUGUAUUAUAAAUGAAGAAGCAAAAAAGAAAUUCGGUGAAAUUAAUUGCCAGUUUACAGAUGUUUUACGAGAAGAUGAUUUUUCCUUGACUAAUGGGCGUACAGUCUACAGCAGUUCACAAUAUCAAUUAACCGAAAGUGACGUGGUUAGAGUACAAUGUACUGCCACAAGUGGUGCCCGUUGGCGAUCGGUUUUAACAGGAAUACGACAUGAUGCAACAUUACGGUCACGUGUAACUCAAACAUUGCCUGAAAAUGUUUUACCAUUGGAUAUAUUAAUAUUUGGUUUUGAUUCAUUAUCACAUAAUACGUUUAUACGAAAGCUACCCAAAACUUAUAAAUAUUUAACAAAAGUUUUGGAUGCACAAGUUUUAAAUGGUUAUAAUAUUGUUGGCGAUGGAACACCACAAGCUCUCAUACCAAUAUUAACGGGACAAAAUGAAUUAGAACUUCCAGAAGUAAGGAAACGUAUCUCAGGUGCUGGAUAUGUUGAUGUGUUUCCAUUUGUUUGGAAAGAAUUUGAGAAAUUGGGCUAUGCAACUGCAUAUCUAGAGGACACCCCAUCAACUGGAAUUUUUACAUAUCGUUUACGUGGAUUUCAGAAACAACCAACACAUCAUUACAUGCGGCCUUAUUAUUUAGCUGCUGAAGAAACUGUACAGAGUUCACCAAAAUAUUGUAUUGGUGCACAACCCAGACAUAAAAUAAUAUUAAAUUACAUUGAAGAUUUUUUUAAAGCAUAUAAACGUAAAAACAAAUUUUUAUUUGGAUUCCAUGGGGAAUUAUCACACGAUUCAUGUAAUCUAAUUGGUGCUGCUGAUGAUGAUGUUUUAGAAUGGUUACAAAGAUUAAACACUUCUGGCGUAUUUAAUAACACGAUGUUUAUGUUUAUGUCAGAUCAUGGUCACAGGUUUGCAAAGAUACGUGACACAAUACAAGGCAAACAAGAGGAACGUUUACCUUUCUUCUCAAUAACACUACCAAAAUGGUUUAGAAAAAAAUAUAAAGUAGCUUAUAACAAUUUGAAAAAAAAUGUUGAUCGUUUAACAACUCCAUAUGAUAUAUUUCCAACCAUAAAACAUCUUCUAAACUGGGAUAAUAAUUUUGGAAGCGGGGAUUUGAAUCAACGUUCGAUAUCGUUAUUUAAUAAAAUUCCUGAACAACGCAGCUGUGCUGAUGCAUAUAUUGAACCACAUUGGUGUACAUGUCUAAAUUGGGAUACAAUUUCAACACAAACACAAUUAGCAAAAGAAUUAGCCAAUUCACUUGCACAAAAAAUAAAUAAUUAUACAUCACAUGUUCGUCAUUUAUGCCAUCAGUUAUAUGUAAAUAAAAUUGUAUGGGUGACAAAACUAUCACCUAACGAUAAUAUGCUAAAAUUUCAACGAAGCGCUGAUUAUGAUGGUUUUGUUGCUGAUUUAUCGGGAAAAGUUAACAUAUCAUCUCAUCUAUAUCAAAUUAAAGUACUAAUGUUGCCAAAUAAUGGUAUAUAUGAAGCAAGUAUUACACAUUAUCGUAACGGUACAUACCAUGUGAAUUUAAGUGAUAUCAGUCGUAUCAAUAAAUACGGUUCACAAGCUAAUUGUAUAUUUGACACGUUUCCAGACUUAAGAAAAUAUUGUUCGUGCAUUUCAUAAUAGUUCAAUUAUUAGCGACAUCAACUA